UGAAAACCCAAACAGAAAAAGAUCAAGAUCAAAAAAAAAAAAAAAAAAAAAAUUCAAAAUUCUAUUCAAAAACCUGAAAACCCUAGUUUCUGUGCAACAAAGGAGCUUCAACAAUGGAGGAUACUUUCAGAGUCCGAGUGGAUAAGAUAUUUGGCUCCCUUACGUCUUCAUCAGCCAUUCCUUCUCGGUCUGUGAGCUCACUAUGGUGCCUCACGGACGAAGAAAUCGAGAGGAGAGAAUGGAACAGGGACAAGGAAAGCCCUGAACCUCAACCAGAUCCCGGCACGUACCCUUCGUUCCUAGAAAAUUGCGGAAAGGGGUUCGUCAGGGAUUCAAAGGAUGAUUACGAUGUUGAAGUGGAGAAGGACCUCGAGGACCUCGACGACGAUGUGGAAGACGACGACCUGCAGCAGCUUGGUGGAUCGUCGAGCAAGUCAGGGAAGCCUGACGAUUAUGGUGAGGAAGAGUGGGAGAUAAAAUCCUCAAUCGGCUUGGACUGUACUCUCGAUUACGAGGAGGAGGAAGAUGAGUAUGACAAAGUGGCAGUUGGUGAGGAGAAGCCACAAGAUGGCCUGUAUAUGACAGAAAUAAAUGACUAUGAAGUUGAUAUCGAAUCUGACAACAUGCUUCCCAAUUCAUUCCAUGAAGUUGUUAAGGACCCUCGAGCAAAUCACUUGGCAGCUAAAAUUCGGCUUAAAGAGGAUGCUGAAGCAGCUAAAAGAAUUGAUUCCUUGAGUGUCUCUGAUAAAGCUGCACCAGCCAAUAUUCAGACUGAAACAAACUCAUCUGAGAAUGGUAUCAACCCGAAAUCGAUACUGAAAAGGAAGGAUAAUCAGUUGGACUCGAAAUCACAGAAACGUGUACGGUUUGACCCUGAGUGCAAAGAUAAUAGUGGUAUGGAGUCUGACCCUGAAGGAGCCAAAGGUAUCAUAAUGGAACGCACUUCAACAGAAGUGGCCGGGGAUCAUCCUUCUGGAGUUCCACAUUAUCUGCGGAACCCCUCAAAGUAUACUCAUUAUACUUUUGAUUCAUGUUCUGACAUGGAUGAGGAAUCUAACAAGCAAGCUUAUAUGGACUUUCUGAAGCUGCUGAAGAAAGACAAUAUGGAAUCACCUCCACAAGACCCAGCUGAUCUUUCAAAAGCAGUCAAAUUUAUACCGAGAAAGAGGACUGGUGAUGCUAGAAUGGUAGAAGCUUGUACAGAAAUAGUGCCAAAGGACACUGUACAUCGAAGAGGGAUGCCAAUUAGCAUUGCAGGUGCAGACGGUGAUGUUUGUGCGAUGGAGGAAGAUGAACCAGAAAUGGCUGCUGAAGGGAGAGACAGACAGAAAACUGGCCGCCAAUAUCGAACGAAAGGCAGAUCUGAGUUGCAAGAGUGAAUUAUGUUACCCAAAUAGAGACCAUGAAAUUUCAGUUGGGUGUUGUAGAUAGCCUUUAAUUCAAAGUUGUACUUCCUAAAUUAGGUGUUAAAUCUCUCUGGACUUUCAGUUGAACCAUGUUUUCUUUAUUUGUAGAUUUUAGUAAAUACAGAGUGAUACAGUAUUUUGAAAGUAUAA